AGGCCGUGUAGACACAGUGAGCAGACCCACGGCGGGAAGGGAAGCUGUGUCCCUGCCACAAGAACAGUGACUAUGAAACUCCCCCUGCUCCUGCUGCUCCUCCUGCUGGGGACAGUUGCUGCUCUUCAUCUGGGGAAUGAUGUCUCCUAUACAGACAGCCAAGAGUCACAGGCCGACCUGAGCCAGGAUCUGGAAGGCUCUGGGGAACAGGAAGGAGAGUCAGUCCUGACUGAGGAGGCGAUUCAGUCUGAAGGAGAGCAGGUGGAGGCUUCCAGCUGCCAAGAUGCCUUUGAGGAUGAAGAGCCCAUGGAGUCGGACCAAGAUGACCUAGAUGAGAACUUGCAGUGCCCCAGGGAAGAGGACACAGUGAAAAUACUCGGCAGUCCUGGAUGCAAGACCUGCCGCUAUGUGUUGGUGCGGACCUGCAGAAGAUUUAGAGGCGCUCGGAAAGUCUGCAGGAGGUGCUACAGAGGCAACCUCGUCUCUAUUCACAAUCUCAGUGUCAACUAUCAACUCCAGUGCUUGGCCAGUAAUGUUAACCAGCAACAGGUCUGGAUUGGAGGCAGACUCUGGGGCCGGUGCAGAAGGUUACACUGGAUUGAUGGGAGUGCUGUGAAUUUUACAUACUGGGCUAACGGACAUGGGCGCGGCCGCUGUGUGGCCCUAUGCACCAGAGGGGGUCAUUGGCGACGAAAACGUUGUGGAAGACGUCUGCCCUUCAUCUGCUCCUACUAAGCCAGUGGCUCGGAAGAGAUCCUGCCUGGAGCCCCCUCCCUACACCCCUGCUGGCGGCCCCUGGCCCACCCUGGGCGCUGGGCUGGUCUCCCUGCCUCUCCUGGUCAUAAAGCCAUGUUUCCCACUGCA